GAUCGAGGUGUUCAAUGGAGGUGGAGGCGAUCGAGCGCCUUCUUGGCGGUUACAAGUUCAAGGACCGCUUGCUUCUGGAGGAGGCCUUCACCCACUCCUCCGUCGAGGGCCAGCCCUCGUACCAGCGUCUCGAGUUCGUCGGCGACGCCGCCCUCGGCCUCGCCGUCACCAAUUUCGUCUUCCUCACCAACCCCACCCUCGGCCCUGGGCACCUAACGCUCCUCCGCUCCGCCAACAUCUCCACCGAGAAGCUCGCCCGCGCCGCCGUCCGCCACGGCCUCUAUCGCUUCCUCCGCCACAACUCCACGACCCUCGACCACGUGGUGGCGGAGUUCACGGCGAUGGUGAUGAAGGAAGCGCCGGAGGACGCGGGGAGGUUGCAGCACGGAGGCUACAUCAAGGCCCCCAAAGUGCUGGCCGACAUCGUCGAGUCCUUCGCCGCCGCCGUCUACAUCGACUGCCAUUACAACCUCGAGACCUUCUGGAAGAUUUUCCGGGGGUUGCUGGAACCCGUCAUCACCGAGGAGACCGUUGAGGAGCAGCCGGUGGCCGCCCUCUACAUGCUCUGCCAAAAGCACGGCCGAAGGCUCGACCUCAAGAACCAGACAGAGGGCUCUCUGUGCUUUGUCUCUGUUCUCGUGGACGAACAGCUCGUCUGCACGGCGUACUCGCAGAAGAAAGCAACGGCCAGGAUCAACGCUGCGCGGAAGGCGCUGCCACUGUUGCCGGCUGUAGCCACCGGCGAUGAAGCUGCAGGGAAGAAAGACGACAGUAGUUUAUGUGACAAGAAUCAUUGGGCGUACCCUGCAAAUAGGAUCGUGAAGGGGGAGAGCCCUGCACAUAAGAAAGAAUACGUAUGCUGUGUUCAGCUUGAGAUAGACGAUAACACCGUCCUUGUUAGCCUUGGGGGUCCUAAGCCGGGAGUGAAGGAUUCAGACAAGUCAGCGACAAUGAAGAAUUAAGAGGAUGAGGCUUCUUCCAGCUGCGACGAACCAUACAUACAUAUAUCUAGGGCUUUUGUAGGGUUUCUUCAGGGUUUUAUAGGUCGACAUGCAGAAGAAGCGAGAUAGGUAUUUCAUGUAUAGUAAAUUUAUGUGUUGAUAAAUAUAAAAUUUUAUUGAAAAAAAUUAAUGAAUU